CGCUCAGCCCACGAGGGAGCUGGGUCUCGCUGCGCCGCGCCUUGCGCGCUGGCACCAUCCGAGUGGCCGGGGCCAGCGGUGCGCGGAGCCCGGCUUCGGAAUCGUGCUGCUGCCCGCGCUGGGGGGAAUGUCCAGGCAGCCCAUGCGCAACCCUGCGCGCCUCCUCUUCAGCUGGGCCCUGGGCAGGAACCAGAUGGCAACAGCAGCAGGUGCCUCUGCUAGGGAGACCUCCUCCUCCUCGGCUGCAGCAGGAGCAGGGGCACCGGGACACGAAGGGAAGAAGAAUGUAGUCACUGAAAGACAUGGAACCAUCAUGACAAUUGGGAUUAAUAGGCCAGAAGCCAGGAAUGCUGUGAAUCAGGAGACUGCAGCAAUGCUUCUGCAGGCAUUCACCUCAUUUGAAGAUGAUACCUCACUAACUGUCUCUGUACUUCAUGGAAUAGGAGGUAAUUUCUGCGCUGGUUAUGAUUUGAAAGAGCUGGCCCACAACCCAACCUCAAUAAAAUUGGAACAAGAUGUCACCAAAGGUCCUGGUCCCAUGGGUCCUUCCCGAAUAAAGUUUUCCAAACCAGUGAUUGCUGCAGUAAGUGGAUAUGCAGUGGCCGGGGGUCUUGAGCUCUCUCUUUUGGCUGACCUGCGUGUUGUGGAGCAGAGUGCCAUUUUUGGAGUGUUCUGCAGACGCUUUGGUGUUCCAUUGAUUGAUGGUGGCACUGUACGGCUACCUCAACUGAUUGGUCUCUCACGAGCCUUAGAUCUCAUUCUAACUGGUCGUCCUGUUGGUGCCCAAGAAGCAUAUGAGUUUGGGCUAGCCAAUCGAAUAGUCCCCAAUGGCCAAGCCCUUCAGUGUGCCAUUGAGCUUGCUAAACAAAUCUCUGCCUUUCCUCAACAAUGCAUGCGAGGAGACCGAAGUUCUGCUUAUUACAGUGUCUUUGAUGCCGCCUCAUUCACAGAAGCCCUGCAAUUUGAGUUUGACACCGGUGUGCAAGUGAUUUCCAAAGAGUCUGUCCCUGGUGCUAAAAAGUUCAGCUUAGGGGUGGGACGUGGAGGAAAGUUAUAAAAGUCAAAUAUUUUCUGCGUGUAGAAAAGGUUUACUAAUAAUUAAAACAGUAGAAGUCUACUGAAUUUACAAAAAUAAUGGAAGUCCUGAAAAAAUUAUUAUAUAAAUUCAAAAUUUAUAAUUUACUCUAGGGUACAUAAUCUUGAUGUAUGGGAAGUUGUAUACAUAAUUGUGUUAGCAAGGGUUAUGUACAUACCCUGUGUUAAUAUAUUUUAUAUCUACAAAUCAUUGUCAUAAUGAAAAAUUUCAAUUUUUAUUGUACUUUUGUUCUGCAGUCCUGAAGUAAAGCUAAUUCUUUUACAUUUUUUUUAUUUGAGUAUUUUAGCCAUUAGUCUUUAUUAAAAGAAAAAGGAAUUGCUUCCCAUAACCAGUGUAUAGCACUACUAAAAAUGCAUGGCAGUAACAUAAUUUAUGUAAACAAAGCCGAUUGAUUUGCCAAAUGAAGACAACCAAAAACCAA